ACUAGUGCACUGGUCAUGGGCUGCCGCGGGCCGGGAGGCGGCCGGGCUGAGCCCUGCUGAGCCCGCCCCGCCCGCCAUGGGCGACCGSGAGCGCAACAAGAAGCGGCUGCUGGAGCUGCUGCAGGCUGCGGGCACCGGCAACGCGCACUGCGCCGACUGCGGGGCGGCGGAUCCCGACUGGGCCUCUUACAAGCUGGGAGUCUUCAUCUGUCUCCACUGCUCUGGCGUCCACCGCAACUUCCCGGACAUCAGCAAAGUUAAAUCCGUGAGACUCGACUUCUGGGACGACAGUAUUGUGGAGUUUAUGACUCACAAUGGGAACCUCCGUGUGAAGGCCAAGUUCGAAGCCAGAGUCCCAGCUUUCUACUAUGUCCCCCAAGCCAAUGACUGCCUGGUGUUAAAGGAACAGUGGAUUCGAGCUAAGUAUGAGAGACAGGAGUUUAUGGCUGAUGGGAAAGCCGUCCCUCCCCCAGGUAACCGAGAAGGAAUCCUGUGGAAGCGGGGAAAGGACAAUGCACAGUUUCUGAGAAGGAGAUUUGUCCUGCUGGCAAGAGAAGGACUCCUGAAGUACUACACCAAGGAGGAGAGUAAAGGCCCUAAAGCUGUCAUCAACAUCAAGGACUUGAAUGCCACUUUCCAGACAGAGAAGAUAGGGCACCCACACGGGCUGCAGAUCACCUACAGGAGAGAGCGCCACAUCAGGAACCUGUUUGUGUACCACGAGAGUGGGAAGGAGAUAGUGGACUGGUUCAACGCCCUCCGUGCAGCCCGUCUGCAAUACUUAAAAAUGGCCUACCCCGAGCUUCCAGAGUCUGAGGGAGGCCUUAGGAUCUUCCCCACUGCAAUUGUAACAGGAGAGGUCUGCCUACAGUGGCCAAGCACAGGARGCCAGUGUCAAUCCCUGGCAGCUUCUCUGAGCACAGGAGGGCAGGCUGGAGCUCACAUGAUCAAGUCUUGUCCAUUGCACAGGAGGAACUGGCCCAGAGAGACAGAAGGUCUCAUUAAGCUCGUGCCCUUCCUCACCAGGAACUACCUCAAACAAGGCUUCAUGGAAAAGACUGGUCCAAAGCAGAGAGAACCUUUCAAGAAAAGGUGGUUUGCCCUGGAUCCCCAGGAGCGGAGACUGCUGUAUUACAAGAACCCGCUGGAUGCCUUUGAGCAGGGCCAGGUUUUUAUCGGGAGCAAGGAGCAGGGGUAUGAGGUCUCUGAAGACCUGCCCAAGGGCAUCCGAGGAAAUCGCUGGAAAGCCGGCAUCACCAUCGUCACCCCGGAGCGCAGAUUCAUCCUCACCUGUGCCACCGAGAAGGAGCAGCGGGAAUGGCUGGAGAGUUUGCGGGAUGUCCUGUGCCGCCCCUUGACCCCCCUCCACGUACCCACUGCAGAAGCAGAGAGUGGCUGUAGCAGCAGGUGACCCAUCGGCUGGGGAGCUGGCUGGCCACCAGCCACCCACUGGAGCUCCUGGCAUAAAGGAGGAGUUCUUAUCUCUGAUCCAGUUGCCCAGCACGAGUGCCCCACAGCCAGCAGCCAGCUUGGCAGAACUCACUGCUGACACUGAAGCUGUGAUGGAUCUUCCUGCUCCUUGGCCUUUCCCUACUGCCCAGCCUCCAGAUCAGAGGACGUGGUACACAGUGAACACAUAUGUCACCCUGUCUUACAAACCAAGACUUGAAAUGUCCUGAAGGCCCAGGACCUGCUCAUCUGAAAUGGAGGCAUUGUAAUGAAAAAGCACCCACAGCAUCCUGCAAGUGGCGUUUUGAAAAAAAAAAAUUAUCUGAAUGUAAUCAUGAGGAAAUAAUCAGGCAGAUUCACAUUAGGUAUGCUCUGCUGAAGAGCCRGCUGGGACUCUUCAAAAAGGUCCAUGUGAUGAAAGGUAAAAUAGUUUGGGAACUGUUGUAGGUCUGGCAACCAGCAACCAGAUGCAAUGUAUGAUUCUUGAUUAGGUCCUGGAUUUUAAAAAAAUAGCUGUAAAGCACAUAAUUAAGAUAAUUGAAGAAAUUUGAAUAUGGAUUUAUAUUAGCUAAUAGGAUUGUAAGAUUAUGGUACUCAUGCUGUAAUGGUACAGGAAAAUAUUCCUGUCCUUAGGAGUUGAAGUAAAAUGUAAUGAUGUCUAUGACUAAUUCCUAAAAGAUUCAGCAAAAAUAAGUGUAUGUAUAGAUAUAUGAAUACAGUGUGUGUAUGUAUAUAUAUAUAGAGAGAGAAAGAGAAAUACAGAUAUACAUAUAUAUAUAAAGAGAACAGUACUGUAUAAAUGUUAUCAACUGAUGAAUCUAGAUAAAGUGUAGAUGGGGUUAUUUUCCUAUUAAUACAAAUAUAUAGGUUUGAAAGUUUUUAUAUUAAAACA